GAUCGGAGAUGGAAAAUGUGCUACUAGUAUUUGGUUACGCACACCUGCUACAGACGACCUCUAGCGGACAGGUUUAGAAGUACAGCAUCGACGGGCGUUCCAAACCGAGGCUGACAGGUGAUGUCAUCAACAAAGAUGGCUGACAGUGGCGGCGGUCAUCGGGGGAAUCGGCGAAAAAACACAGGAAAGCGAGGAGCAAAGCAGAAUACAGACAUGACAAAGGGUGCAGGCAUAGGCAGCCGUGCUGGCCGGCGCGGGAAAGGGCGGCAGCGGGGUGGGAAAGGGAGCCAGCAGAACCACGAGGAGGACGGACAGUUGACCAACGAGCAGCCAGUUUUUAACGGUGGUAAUGGUAACGAUAUCACAACUGAAGCCACCAGUCAUUCAGAGCCGGAGGAGGUUGUUAUGGAUAGUGCGUCCAGGGAGGGUGCUUCCAGUCAUGAUCCGGAGCCUACAGAAGACGCAGGGGUCACUAAUGGCUUAGAUGAGAAUGAUUCAACAGAGGCAGACUUGGACAGAAACCUGGCUACUGAGAAAAAGUCUGCUGCAGAGGGCAGGCCAGGGUCCAAGGAAAACCAGUCCCCGAGACACCGAGUAAGAGGAGAGAUCGAUCCUGAGUUGGAGUCAGAUCAUUCCGUGUACGAGGACGCCAAAGAGCCAGAUCAGGACAAUACAGACAACCUGGAGGACAACACCAGCGAGGACGGGGAAGUGGCUGAGUCAGAGGGACCUGGGACAGAACAGGAGGAAGAUGGCAGUCAGACCAUAGAGCAGGCUGAAGAGGAUGUCCACCAAGAUGAGGAGGUGGAAGGGGACAGGUCAGAACCUGAGCAAGAGGUGGAAGGCCAAGGGUCGGAAGCUGAAGGUGAAGGGUUAGAAGAAGAGGAAGAGGUUGAAGGUCAAGGUUCGGAGCCAGAAGAUGCACAACAAGUUCAGGAUACAGAUGAUCCAAAUGCACCAGGAGAGGAAGAAGUGGAGGAGGAGGAGGAAGAUGAGGAGAUGCCUGAAGAGGAAGCUGUGGUUGAAAAUGAUGAACCUGAGGAUAGCAUACAAACUGUAGGUAGUGAAGAAAAUGCUGAUGAAGUGGAGGAAGACGAAGAAGAGGAGGAGGAGGAGGAAGAAGAGGAGGAAGGUGAAAUCGAAGAGGAAGAAGAAGAAGAGGAAGAAGAAGAAGAGGAAGAGGUUGAAGAGAAUGGAGAGGAGGAAGAUUACGAUAAUGGAGCUGACAAAAAAGAAGAGGAAGAAGUGCCUCCGGAGGAAAAUGAAGAUGAAGGAAGCACAGAAACAACUGUGGCUCAAAAGCAGCCAGAGGCUGAAUCUGACCCUGCAGUCCCCCACGAGGACAGUGAGAAUGUGACAGUCCAACAGGAUGCCACGGGUGAUGUUCUCACUGCUGCCUGCAGCAAACUGGUCAGUGAAGCUGGGACAGGCAAUCCUGUAGAUGCAGACUCGAGAUACAGGGGUGACCGAGCCUUCAUCAACAUCGAGCUUCUCAAGUCAGAGAGCAGGAGAAAGCACCCUGGCAGGAGAGGCCACAGAGAUGAGUACGAAGAAGACGCAGCCGAGGAAGACCAGCUCCCCCAGGAGGAGUGUAAAGACUUGCAGGAUGAUGAAGAGGAGCUGGACCGGGAGGUGGAGAGUUACACACAGGAGGACCUGCACGACCACAUGGGGCGGAGACUGCCGGGCUCGCUGGAGGACAGGUCACCCGUCAAGACCCAGGUGCAGCGGGAAGCCAUCAGCCUCGCCCUGAAGGACAUUCAGAAUGCCAUCGCUCAGAGCAAGAAGGUGACGUCGCCCUACUCCCCGGAGCCUCCGUCGGAGCCGGUGUGGGUGAUGCGAGAACCCACACCAACUCCUGAGGACGACAAGACGCCCGACACGGACGAGGAGAUUGAGAGAGCGUUCCGAGAGGCGCAGAUCCAGCGGGAGCGUCAGGCACGGGAGAGGCUGGAGAGGGGCGUGGAGGAGCCGCUGCCCCCCAGGAGACCCAACCGGUCGGAUCUCAACGCACCCAUGGAGCCAAAGACCAUGCGGCAGUCUUCCAGAGGCUACCACAAUGAGGGGCCUCAGGAGGUAGAGGACCUGAUUGAUGGGAUCACCUUUGCUGCCCGGUACCUGGGCUCCACACAGAUCUGGUCUGACCGUAACCCCUCCAAGAACGUGCGCAUGCUACAAGCUCAAGAGGCUGUCAGCAGAAUCAAGGGCCACAGGGAACAGAGGAAGAGUCCAACACCGCGUUUCAAGAACACAUGGUCCCACGGGAUGUAUCGCAGCCUGGACGUGGAGGUGCCAGAAGAUGAAACACAGCCCAGUACAGAGAUUGACCUGUCUGUGUCCACAGAGAAGAUACAGGUCAUCAACGCGACGUCACAGGAGGUAAUGAUGGACCACGCCCUCCGCACCAUUUCCUACAUCGCCGACAUCGGCACUAUCCUGGUCAUCAUGGCGCGGCGACGCCCGCCCCGACCCCAGCACGAACCCGGCACAGAGGUCACCGCAGGUCACAGGGACAAGAAACAGCACAAGAUCAUCUGUCAUGUCUUCGAGGCAGAGGAGGCCCAGCUGAUUGCCCAGUCCAUCGGGCAAUGCUUCCAGGUGGCGUACCAGGAGUUCCUGCGAGCCAAUGGCAUCACGGAGGACCACCUGAGUCAGAUGGACUACCAGGAGAUCCUCAACUCACAGGAGAUCUUCCACGAGGACCUGGAGGUCUUCAGUAACUCUGAAAACGCAAAAGAGGUUGUUAUAGACAAACCCAAAGGUGAAAUCAUGGGACUUGUGAUAGUGGAGUCCGGCUGGGGCUCCAUCCUCCCUACUGUCAUCAUUGCCAACAUGAUGCACGGAGGUCCGGCCGAGAGGUCAGGCAAGCUCAACAUCGGGGACCAGCUGAUGACCAUCAACGACACCAGUCUGGUGGGGCUGCCGCUGCACACCUGUCAGGGAAUCAUCAAGGGUCUUAAAAACCACGGAAAGGUCCGGCUGAACAUCGUGCAGUGUCCACCAGUCACAACAGUCCUGGUCAAGAGACCAGACAUCAAGUACCAGCUUGGCUUCAGUGUUCAAAAUGGCAUUAUCUGUAGUUUAAUGAGAGGGGGCAUCGCUGAGAGGGGAGGAGUCCGAGUAGGGCAUCGCAUCAUUGAGAUCAAUGGUCAGAGUGUGGUGGCCACAGCACAUGAGAAGAUAGUGUCCAUGCUUGCCAACUCAGUAGGGGAGAUCCAUAUGAAGACAAUGCCACAGUCCAUGUACAGAUUAUUGACAGGACAGGAGCAGCCCAUCUAUAUCUAGCAUUGUGCUGUAGUCCAGUGAUUUGUAGUAUCUGUUAGUCUUGCAGCUGUGAAGCUUCCCCUACUGUGGAGUACAAGAACUGCAGACAUGAGAAGCAAUUUGUGUUGCUGUUCCCCAUGGGUGUUUGUAGUAUGGUCCACCACAGAUACACUGGUUGCUGUUUGUACCAAGAUCUCCAAUGCCAGUUGCAAGUCUGACCCUUUAAAAAGACUUGCUGUGCAUUGUGUAGCAGCGCCAUCUGUCAUGAUGUAUUUGAACUACAAGCCAAAUACUCCAGACAGGAAUAUAAAAUGUUUAAAACCUUGAUGGAGAGGAUAGCAAAUGGAGCGGCUUUGGGGGAAGAUGGUAUGCUUUGUAGAGACUAGAAAGUGUUAAGAUUACACUUAAGAGACUGGUUUGCCAUUUUAUGUUAAACUAACUACCUUAUUUUGUUUUUAUCAAAGUAUUUUAUGUUCUGAAUUCUUAAGUGGAGCGAUGUUCACAAAACUAUCUGCUCAAGUUUGAGACCAAGUUUAUUUAAGGGCAAAAAUGGAAAUGGAGAGUUAAGGAACGAUGUUUUUAACUAUAAUGUUGUAUAUGAGGAUGUUGUAUUGUAGGUAUGUAGCUGUGCGAUCUUGUGCAUAGAGACCGUCACCUUGUAAUGUUACAGCAGAAGAAAUGAAGUCAGGCCGCCAUGUUGUAUAAAGUUGUAGCAAACCCCACGUUGGCCAAUAUAAUCUGUGAAUUUGCUCUGUAAUAUGAACUGUUGUUUUAUCAUAUCAAUCAAAGGUAACUUGUUAUCAUAAUUGUUGCAAAUGUCAGCCAACAGCUCAUCAUGGAAAGAUCCAUGUAGGUACCAUUAAUGUGUUAUUUGUAUUUGUAUAUCUAGGUUCUAGCUAACAAAAAAGCAACAGCCAUACCACUGACACAGCCACCUUAAAAAUGUAACCCCAGUGCAAUUGAGCUAGUAGGUUGUGAUAAUUGUUACUCAACGAAGAAAGAGUUGAUUGUAGAUGCAAAAUUUAUCCACAACUCACUUUUAGGUAUUCAACAACUUGCCUGCUUUAGAUGGCUUCGUAUCAAUAAAAAAAUGACUUCACCAAGCAGGACAGUUGCAGACUCGUGCAACGUACCAUUUUGUGAGUGGUUUGUGCAUACAAAUAAAAUGAUCUACAUGUAUCAUAGGAAAAGUUGUAGAAACAGUUGAAAAGCCAGCAGUACUAUGAUAUGACCACCAUACUAGUUUUUUUUAUAGCGAGAAUAUGUUCUCCAAGUGUGGUUGCAAGUUAGAAUAUACCUGAGGUACUCUUGUGGCCGCUUACUGCCAUUUGGCCUUAGUGUAUGUAAGAUGUGUAAAACAGUAGACAUUUGUCGUGAUAGUCUUCCAUAGUAACGUUACAUUGUACAUCAUUUGGGUCCAUAGGUUGCAGCUUCUCUCUGUGUCAUUGCUGUCUAAUUUAUCUGGAAUUAUCGUUCAGUCUGUAUAACCAGGCUAGAAUAAAGAAAUAUUACAUUGCA